AUGCCUGUUUGGAGAAUCAGACAGAACUUCCUGGAACAGCUGGAAACCAACAACAUGGUCCUGAUCAGUGCGCCCAGUGGAUCAGGGAAGAGCACACAGGUGCCUCAGUGGUGUCUGGAGUAUGCGUUGUCCUUUGAGUUUUCUCAGGGCCUGGUGUGCUGCUCUCAGCCGUAUUCAGUGGCAGCGGUGAGUCUGGCUCUGCGAGUGGCUGACGAGAUGGACCUGAGUUUGGGGAUGGAGGUGGGUUACAGGGUUUCCCACGACGACAGCUGUACACCAGAUACCCUUCUCAGGUUUGUCAGUGACUCUCGUCUUCUGGAGGAGAUGAUGUCUGAUCCGCUCCUACAUCAGUAUGGGAUCAUAGUAUUGGACGAAGUUCAGGAGCGCACUGUUCCCACCGAUGUUCUGUUGGGACUGUUGUGUGAUGUGUGCCAGCAGAGGCCAGACAACUUCCGUGUUGUGCUACUCACACAUCCCACCUUAGCCCCCCGCCUCGCCUCGUUCCUGGGACCCAGUGUGCCCCACCUGUCCCUGGAUGGACUCGUUAGGGACGGUGCAAACACUCCAGCAGCGGUGCCUGAGGGGGAGGGUUGCCAAGUAGAAAUACUGUACAGAGAAGUGCCACCAGGGAAGGACCCUGUGGCUGCAGCUUGUCAUAUGGUGCUGGAUUUGCACCGCAGGGGAGAAGAAGGUGACGUCAUGGCGUUUUUAGGAAGUUUACAGAGCAUUGAAGAGUGCGCCGCCCUGCUGGAGAAGGAGAGCAUUGCGUUGAGUCCGCAGCUCGGAGCACUCCGGAUCGUCCCUCUGCACUGUGGCCUUGGGGCGCAGAUACAGAGAGUCUAUGAGGCUGAUGUGAGGGAUUCUCUCAUCGAGACAGAUGCCUCAGAGGCCUCUGUGCCCAGAAGAAAAGUAAUACUCACAGAUACCCUCGGAGAGGCAUCUUUUUCUGUGCCUUCAAUACGUUAUGUUAUAGACACAGGGCUGCACCUUAAAUCUGUUUACAAUCCACAAAUCAGGGCCAAUUCUCAGACUCUGAGAGCGGUCAGUAAACAGCAGGCGGAUAUGCGCACUCAGAGGGUGAACAGUCCCCUGACAGGGUUAUGCGUCCGUCUUUAUCCCAAACCCCUGUAUGAAGAGGAGAUGGGUGUGGCUCACUGCCCUGGGGUGAUGGAUGAGGACCUUAGCCAUCUAGUGCUGCUUCUGAAGAGGCUCGAUAUCGCUGAUAUGGGACAGUGCAAGUUCCUGGACAGACCAGCUCCAGAGGCGCUAAUGCAGGCCCUGGAGGACUUGGACUAUUUAGCUGCUCUGGAUGACGAUGGGAACCUGUCGGAGGUGGGUAUAAUAAUGUCAGAGCUGCCACUGGAGCCGCCUCUCGCUAAAGCCCUGAUUGCAGCCUGUGAGUACGACUGUGUGGACGAGCUGCUGACCAUUGCUGCGAUGCUGACGGCGCCUUCCUGUUUUGUCAUGGUUGAUCCCAGCACAGAGGAGGACGCAGUUUCUCACUGGCUCCCCCUAAUGCACAGUGAGGGGGAUCACAUGAGCCUGGUCAACAUUUAUUUAGCAUUCAUUGAACAUAAUCAAGAUGAGGCUUGGUGUGUUGCAAACUUCCUGAGUUAUGCUGCUCUGCGAUUGGCCGUUGUGAUUAGAGCUGAGCUUCUUGAGGUGAUGCAGAGAAUAGAGCUGCCAGUGUCUCCGCCUGCAUUUGGUUGCCAAGACAACUGCACAAACAUCAAACGGGCUCUGAUUUCAGGGUAUUUUCUCAAGGUGGCUCAUGAUGUGGAUGGGUCCGGUAACUACCUCCUGCUGACUCACCGCCACGUGGCCCACAUCCACCCAUUCUCGUCGUACGUGUGCCGCCAGCCCCGCCCUGACCCGCCCACCUGGGUCUUGUACCACGAGUUCACCAUCUCCCGGGACAACUGCAUCAGGAUUGCGUCUGAAGUCAACGCUCAGAUGCUUGUGGAGUUGGCGCCUCAGUACUUCUUGGGAAACCUUCCGCCCAGUGAUGGGAAGGAGCUCCUGAUGGAGCUCAAGCAGAGUGUGGAGCCUCAGUCCCAGGACGGACUGGAGGCCGAGGGCGGCCACAGCCAGUCCAGCACGGAGCUGUGUGUGCUGCAAUAA